AUGGACGUUGCAGAAGAGGCCGACAUGAGUUCGCCGUCGCGCCAGAUGAGAAGCGAAUCGAGAAGUUCCUCCAUGGUCGAAAAGAGCUCGCCGCUCGCGCACCGGAACACCGCCGUCGAAGUAGAAGUGGAUGGCUCCGCGCACAGGCCUGCGAAGAGAAAUGGUAUGGAUCUGAAAGAAAAGGAAAAGAGAAAGGCUCUUGGAAGACACGCGCAAGGCAGGUGCGAGUUGAAAGAGCUGUAUACCACGAAAGCAUCACCACGCUACGAUAUUGACUUCGACAUUCUCUUGCACUCGUAUGGCAAUCGUGUGGAUAUCAGACUUCAGCGUGCUAGACCCCAAGUCUGCAUUGGGCGUAUCUGCCAUCCAAAGCGACGCGGCCAGUAUGGGAAGAGUAGGAUGAAUACAGCAUUGGGUAAUGGACAGGACGCGGCGUGUCGACACAGAGAUCGAGACCCACUUAACACAAAGGCUCUGAACCCGUCACACAUCUUACCGGCCUGUAAUGUCUUUGCGAUCCUUGUGUACACCAUUUGGCAGCAACACUUACUUUCCCGGACUAAAAUCCAAAAACUUUCUUCGACCCGCUUUCGAAGCUUGCGCGCCAGCUUUUCGAGACUUUCCAUAUCUACGAAAGCCUCAACACGAACAAUCAUCAAGACCACAUCCGAUCCACUUCCAAAAGAAAUUCAACUACAAAGUCACAUACCACCAAGAACACGACAGAACUCUCAGCCUACCACGAUCAGACAACUUAUGGUGCUUCAGGACCGGGUCGCAGAUCUCGAACAACGCGAGUUCGCCUUCGAAGAUGGCAUAACUCUUCCCGAAAGCGACGGAUCUGCCAGAACCGUACCUAGCACCAAAAAGACCAUCUUGGCUGUGAUUGCUCUUAUCGAAAAAUCUGCAGUCCUUGGCGCCCCCCUAGUCGUAUUCGCCGUAUUUGGCCACAUAGAAGACGAAGCCCACUACAACGCUACUAGCAAUUACAUGUCUCCCGACCAGCGCCUAGUUCUCGAAAUCCUCAGCUGGACUUACUUUGUCCUGUGGGUCAUCUGCGUACUCUUCAACCAAAAUUACCAACUGAUCCACCACGGCUUUACUCGCCUUUUCGCAUUUAUGGCGUUCAUAGUGGUGGGCAAUCUAAAGAACUUAGUGCGAAUGUCUGAUUUAUGGAAAUAUUGCGUGAUAGCACCACUCUGUCUUUCAUCCAUCAUCGGACUACUGCGCCGGAUUGAGAAGGCAGAGGCCUGUUGCUGCCAGGCCGAUCGUACUCCAUUCUGUACGUUCUACAAAGUAAGUAGAAAAGAUAGCCAUGCAAACAAGCAGAUACCCGCACAGUCAAAUCCUAGUGUCUGCCCACAGAAUACCAAUAGCCAUGACCUCCACGACACCAUUUCCCAUCCUCCGCAUCAAGACGAUGAUCAAGUCCCCUCCAUCGGCCUGUUACCGGAAGUUGCCUACAAACAGUAUCAGUUCAUACGCCGACUUAGAAUAGAUGUGCAAGGUCUUGCUCUCACCAAAUCCGCGACAUGCAGCACCAUCCCAUCCCGACGACGACUCCCACCAGAACCAGUUGAGCACAGAGCUAUGCCUGCGCAAAUCGCGGGUGCUACGAGUCCGAAGUUCAGGCUCAGACUGCAGCGAAUUGUGCCCGGUUCGGGUGGGUUGGGUGAUUUGAAUGUCGAUUGUGGUAUCCGAAGGAGUAUUGAAGCAGCUUGGUUGGCCAAGGCAAAGGAUGGAGGGAAUCGCAAAGGCGUUCUUGGGAAUAAUGAGAGUGAGUCCUCUGCCCGGGAUAUUGUGACGGUGCUUGUGACGUUCUCUGACGUAGUUCCAACGUUCCUGACUGAGCAAAGACAUCCUCGCGUGGUUGCCGAUGCAAACGAAGCUAUGGACCGAGCGGCGUGGGGGCUAUCGCGCGAGUGCACGAUCAUUUCACGAGCGAACGACAGUAAAGUUCCUGGCGGCGAGAUUCGCUGUCCGCAAGCCGCUGGUUGUGCUCCUCUUGUCGGUGUUAUCGCCCAUGGGUCCCAAGGCUUAUUAGGUCAAAUAUGGCCCAUUGGUCCAACAAUUUAA